AUGCACUACCUGAUGGGAAUCUUCUCGGGCAUCCACAGGCGUGUCUCAUACACACAAGAGAGACACAUGUAUCAUGUGGUAGUGGCAGAUGGCAUCACGUUCCUGUGCAUGUCUGAGGAGGGUUUUGGGCGCAGAAUCCCAUAUGCAUUCUUGGAAGAUGUGAAGAACAAAUUUGUGGCCACCUAUGGAACAGCUGCCAUGAGUGCUGUGGCCUACGAAUACAGCACAGAGUUCUCUCAUGUGCUGGAGCAGCAGAUGGACUACUUCACCAACGACCCCAACGCGGACGCCAUCACCCGUGCCAGGGGCGGCAUUGCUGAGGUCAAGAACAUCAUGAUCGAGAACAUCGAAAAGGUGCUGGAGCGGGGCGAGCGGAUCGAGCUGCUUGUCGACAAGACUGACCACCUGAGCAGCGAGGCGUUUAUGUUCCGCAAGGAGGCCAAGAGGCUGAAGCACAAGAUGUGGUGGAAGAACGUAAAGCUGGCAGCCUUGAUUGUGCUGAUCGUGUUGAUCGUCAUCUACCUGAUAUCGGCCUUCGUCUGUGGGCCAACGUGGAAAAAGUGCUCCCACGAGAAGGGCACGAAGGGCCACUCCUAG